GCGCGGCAGAAACUACAACGACCAGAAGGCCACGGGGACGGCGGCGACCCGCCACCAAUCCCAGCCCCGAAGAGGGGCUAUAUCCUGCGGCUCGCCGGGCUUCCGGCGUCUCCCUCGAGCACGUUCGUCUUGCCCUUUCCCCGUCCUCGGGGAGUUGACCUCCCGCAGGCGCCUCCUUGGGACCCAGCCGUGGGGUGCGGGGUGGCGGGGCGAGAAGGCUGGGAUGAGUUGCCCCGCUCCGUCCCAGUCGUGAUCUCCGGUAACGGGGCCCUCCGCACUCGCCCGCCGUCCCCUCUGACUGAGGCCCCGAUUGCGACGGGCGGCGUGCGGGCACCCUGCCCGGCGGAGGUGUGGGCCUCGGCUGCGCACUCAAGGCCUGCCCGGGUCCCAUGGCGGCGGCGGCGCUGGUGGACCUGGCGCGGGACUGGGGGACCUUUGAGGACAUGGCCAUGUACUUCUUCCAGGAGGAGUGGGAGCUCCUUGAUGAGACUCAGAGGCGCCUGUACCACAAUGUGAUGCUGGAGACCUUGGCGCUUGUGGCCUCAAUCGGUUGCUGGUGUGGAGUGGAGGAAGCCCCUCUUGAACAGGGUGUUUCUGUAGAAGGAGCGUACCAUUUCAGGACCCCUAAGGCAUAUCCUUCUACCCUGAAGGCCAACACCUGUGACAUGUGUGGCUUGGUCUCAAAAGACAUUACACCUGGCUAAGCGUCAGGGAAGUCACCCUACGCAGAAACCAUACAAGUGUGAGGCAUUUGGGAGAGGCUUCUGGCUCAAUAAGCUCUCACCAGUGCCAGCAGGAGCCCAGUAGAGAAAAACGCUUCACAGGUAGCAAACGUGCUAAGGAUGUCCUGGACGGCCUCGACCUCCUGCAGCACCGGCCACCCACAGCAUGGGGAUACCACACAGGCACCAGGCACAAGGAGGCCUUCCAGCUGCCAGCAGCAGAGAGGCCACACCACACAGAAGUCCUUCAAGUGCAGCAGCUGUGGGAGCAGCUUUCUGAAGGCUCUCAUGCUCCUAGAUCAUCUGCUCACUCAUUCCAAAGAGAGACCCUGCAGAUGCCCAGCACGGGGAAAUGCCCCUGAAGAGCAGGCCACCAUUGUUCAUCACCCGAAAACCCCAAUGGGGAGACAUCCCGUGUGUGUAAGGAAUGUGGGAAGGCCUUCAGUCACCUUUUGAAACUGAGGACACAUGAGAAAGUUCCUAUUGGAAAAGUGUAUCACGGUUGCAGUGAGUGUGGGAAAGCCGUCACCCAGAAGUACACACUCGCUUGGCACCGGAGAGUCCACUGAAGAAUGGCCUUAUGCCUGUGGCCACUGUGGGAAGACCUUCACUUGCAGCUUCAGUGUCGCUUGCCAUCAGGAAGUUACGACAAAGAAAGGCCUUGUAAGUGCAGACCGUGCCGGAGUCUCCAGCUGCAUCACCAGUUUUGUGGAGCACCAGAAAAUACACACUGGGGCAAGGCCUUGUACGUGCAGUAAAUGCGGGAAAGCCUUCAUUAACAGUUCUUAUCUUCAUUGGCAUCCGAAAGUUCACAACAAGGGCAUCUGGGUGGCUCAGUGGGUUAAAGCCUCUGCCUUCAACUGGGGUCAUGAUCCCAGGGUCCUGGGAUCGAGCCUCGCAUCAGGCUCUCCACUCAGCAGGGAGCCUUCUUCCCCCUUUCUCUGCCUGCCUCUCUGCCUACUUGUGAUCUCUGUCAAACAGUGUGGGAAAGCCUUCAGCUGGCCCUCUAAUCUUGUUGCACACCAGUGAAUCCAUAAUGGAGAAAAGCCUUAUGAGUGUAACAAGUGUGGAAAAGUCUUUAAUCAAAGCUUUGCCCUCAUUCAGCACCAGAAGGUUCAUACCAGAGAUAGGCCUUAUGAGUACAGUGAGUGUGAAAAAGCCUUCAGCUAUAGCUCCAACCUUGUUACACACCAGAUAGUUCACACUGGAAAGAGGCUUUACAAGUGCAGCCAGUGUGGGAGAGCCUUCAGUACAAGAUCCAACCUCAGUCGGCACCAGAGAGUUCACACUGAAGAAAAGUCUUAUGUGUGUACUGAGUGUGGAAAAGCUUUCCGCUACAGGUCAGACCUCUCUCAGCACCAGAAAGGUCACCGGAAAAGAGCCAUCUGAGUGCAGUGGACAUAGGAAUGCCUUCAGCCAGAGCCCCAGCCUCACUCAGCACCACAAGGUUUAUACCAAAGAAAGGUCUAAGGAGUGUGGCAAAUGUGGAAAACCACUAACUAACUGGGGCAUUUUCUUUGUCCACCUUAAGAGC